UUACUUCUGGACUGUACCAUUGAAACAUAUGAAAGAAUGUAAAAGUUUGCGUUCCGAAGAUAACCUAUCAAAUAGCAUCAUUACCAAUCUUCAGAAGCCCACAUUGGUCAUUCAGAUUUUCUAAUGUGUGAGAAUGCUGGGAUUGAUACAUUGACGAAAAUAUUCAUCAAGACCACCGGACAAAUCCUUAACCCUUUACCCUAAUUUCGUGUCAAGGGGCAGUUAGGAGUUUGCCACUCAGUUUACGCUGGGAGUUAACCUGUCUAAAUUUGCGUUAAAGAAGCCAGUUCAUAUUAUUUGCAUUUAUGCUGCUAAAACCUCCCAUCAGGUUAAUAUACAUGAAGAAGGUGGAAUAAUGGAAGAUAAUCAAGAUAAUGACUAUACACACAAGUAUUGCAGAUCAGUCAAAUAAAUUUGAAGCUGAAAUGAGAGCGAAGAAUGGUCAGAUAGAAGAGCAUGCAUGGUGUAAGGCAUUAAGUGGUUUGGAAGGUGAAGAAUACUCGGUGUGAGAAAACUGAAAAAUGAAGAAUGAAGAAAAGAAAAAAGUAAAAAAUGGGAGAUCAACAUCAAGAUCACGGAGUGGGAGCACAGCUGAACCGGCCAAGUCCAGAAGUCGAUCUGCUUCUCGUUCUGUGUCAAGAACGUCAAAUCUGUCAGGAUCUCGGACAUCAUUCUCUAGAUCUAGAUCAAGGUCUAGGUCACGAUCAGGCUCCCGACGCCGCUCCAAGUACUAUUCACGAUCCAGAUCACACUCUCGGUCAUACAGGAGGAGACAUAGGAGUAGAUCUUACUCACCUGUAUACAGGCGCCGGAGAAGCAACAGCCACUCUCCUAUAUCGAGAAGACGACGUCAUAUUGGAAACCGGAGCAAUCCAAACCCUAAUAAUUGUCUAGGAGUGUUUGGUCUGAGCUUGUACACCACCGAACGAGAGCUGCGUGAAGUAUUUUCACGAUAUGGACCACUUGCUGGAAUUAAUGUUGUCUAUGAUCAGCGGACAGGAAGAUCAAGAGGAUUUGCUUUUGUCUACUUUGAAAAUGUUGAAGACUCUAAAGAAGCAAAGGAACGUGCCAAUGGGAUGGAACUGGAUGGUCGACGCAUUAGGGUAGAUUAUUCCAUUACAAAAAGACCCCACACUCCAACUCCAGGAAUUUAUAUGGGCAGACCAACAACCAGUGUUGGUUCUUCUCAUUACAAUGACUCUUACAGUGACAGAUAUGAUGACCGGGAUUACAGCUACAGAAAACGUUCACCUUCACCCUAUUACAGAAGAUACAGAUCUCGAUCUCGUUCUUACACCCCACGUCGAUACUGAUGACACCUACCAAGUAAUUCCUACCAGUUUAAAAUGGAUGGGAACCUUUUCAAACCUACAGGGAUUUUUUUUAAACUAAAAUGAGAAUUCUUGGGCAUUGUAGUGCUUUUUUUAAAAUUUUUUAAUUAUUUUAAGCAAAGCCCUAUAAUCAGAAGUAGUCUCUCAUUUUAAGAUAUAAUAGUUUUCUGGUGCCUCACUAAGUUGUAUUGCUUUUAUAGUGAGAGGGAGCCUGUCUUUUAAAUGGGAGAUCUACAAUACAGUAUUGUGUUGCAUUAAAUCUCAAUUAUUGCAGUCAUAUAAUUUCUGGUACGUAUGUACUCUACUUUGGGAUAUUAAGCAAGGUGUCUUGACUUUUUGUGCACAACGUUUGAUUAUGCAUACUUUAUAAGGAAAGAUUCAGUUGUAAAGCUGCUUCGUGGGAAGUGAUGAGAUGCAAUAAAUGUCUUAGACACAAUGUAUGACCUGUUUUCCUUAUGCUGAAUAGGCAGCUGUAGCUUGUUGAAAGUAGCAGUACAGUACAUUUUGAAAGAACCUAAUCUGUGAUCUUUAUAGAUCAUGCCAUUCAGUGUUAAGGUUUGUGGAAAGUGCAUAGAAUGGGGAGGAGGAGCCCUUUUUUAAUCACGCUGAAAAAUUUUAUGCAAUUCUUAAUGCUAAUCCAGAAAGUCAGGCUCGACCUCUCCAAUCCCCUCACCAUGACAUGAUAUUGUUUUUCCAAGAAUAGCUGAGUGUCUCCGGUCAGGAAAGUCGCAGAAUUAAUUCUUAAGUCUACUAACUCAGUACAGAUUAAAGAGUGAAAGCUUAAAACAUCCCUCGGUAUCAUUAGGAUAAGAUUGGGGUAGCAGGAUGGUGGGAAAUUGGCCAGAGUUUUUCCUCCUCCUUGCUAUCCAGCAACCUCCGCUGAAAAUGCAUCUGUGGCAUUGGAUAGGGACAGAUUAGGAAUGAAAGCAACUAGAAUUAAAUGGACUACUAGCACUCCUAAAAGCCCACAUAAAUAAUUACAAUCUGGGAAAGCACUGCAGGUCCUAUGGUGUCACUUUGGCCGGGAAAAGAGUUGGCAAGAGGUAAGUAAAGGAACUGAUUAAUUAAGUGGUUCUAUGCAGUGUGGGAAGAAUUAGAAAAUAAAAUGCUCAUUUAAUUAUGAUUUUAAAUGUAACAUUUUUUGAGGCAAAUUAUUAGGUGAUCGUUUAUUUUCUGUUCCUAAGAUUUGAGGCUUGCUUGAAAACGUCAUUAAAAUAAUGAAAGGGUUCUAUAAUUAACUGUGAAGAUGAUUGAGGUGAUGGGAGGAUCCAAAACUAGAGGUCUCACUAACAAAUGCAAGGAAGGAAUUCAGAGGAAACCUCUUACAUAGAGUGUGGAUAGAAUGUGGAACUUGCUACCAUAUAGACUAGUUAAGGUGAUUAGCAUAAGUACAUUUAAGAGGAAGCUAGAUAAGUAUCUGAUGGAAAAGGAAUAAAAGGGUAUACUCAUAGUUAUAUGAUGUAGGGUGGGAAAAGAAUCAUGUGACGUAUAAAUGAAUGCAUAGACCAAUCAGAUCAAAUAAACUGUCUAUUUUGUAAAUUCUACGUUUAAAAAAAACUUGUAAUUUGCCAUAAACUUGUAGAUAUAACAGGAAUUUGCAUUGGGAAACAUGA